CUACCCACCAAGCCAAUGGAAGGCGUGAAUCAGUCUAUGGUGUCAGAGUUUGUAUUCCUUGGACUCACCAACUCUUGGGACAUCCAACUAUUCCUUUUUGUGUUCUCCUCCAUAUUUUAUGUAGCAAGCAUUACAGGAAACUCUCUGAUUGUCUUCACUGUGGCAUCUGACCCUCAUUUACACUCUCCAAUGUACUUUCUUUUGGCUAACCUCUCUUUCAUUGACUUAGGUGUAUCUUCUGUUAUUUCCCCCAAGAUGAUUUAUGAUCUCUUUAGAAAGCAUAAAGUCAUCUCUUUUAGAGGUUGUGUCUCUCAAAUCUUCUUCAUUCACUUCAUUGGUGGUGUGGAGAUGGUUUUACUCAUAGCCAUGGCCAUUGACAGAUAUGUGGCCAUAUGUAAACCUCUCCAUUACCUGAUUAUUAUGAGCCCAAGGAUGUGCAUCUUGUUUUCAGCAGCCUCCUGGGUGGUUGGCUUUAUGCAUUCUCUGGUUCAACUGGCUUUUGUAGUAAACUUGCCAUUCUGUGGACCAAAUGUGUUGGACAGCUUCUACUGUGACUUUCCCCGGUUCAUCAAACUUGCCUGUAUAGACACAUACAGACUGAAAUUACUGGUCUCAGUCAACAGUGGAUUCAUGUCUGUUGGGUCUUUCUUUAUAUUGAUCAUUUCCUAUAUUGUCAUUAUAUUUACUGUUCAGAAACACUCUUCAAGUGGUUCCUCCAAGGCUCUGUCUAUACUUUCAGCUCAUGUUAUGGUGGUCAUCUUAUUCUUUGGUCCUGUGAUGUUCAUCUAUACAUGGCCUUCUUCUUUCACACACUUGGAUAAAUUUUUGUCUAUAUUUGAUGCAAUUGUCACUCCCUUUCUGAACCCAGUGAUCUAUACAUUCAGGAAUCAAGAAAUGAAAAUGGCAAUGAUAAGAGUACUUAGCCAGAUAAUGGGUUACAGAAAAAUUAUUAAACACUUGCACUCUGAUCCAUCUUAA